AUGCCCAAACGCAAACUCUCCGACCUGACCGACACGAACGACACGGCGCAACCGCAGAAACCAAAGUUAUCUGAAAAGGAAUACCAACACCUGAAACUUCAAACGGCCCGGCUAAAGCAGAAGUUUGAGUUCGGGGUUACGUCGCUAUCGCGCGCACUCAAGACCGCUCGGGGCUUUGAAAGGCAGAAGCUCGGGAGGAGGCAGAAAGUCGCAAAGGGAGGACCAGGAACGGAGAUCGCAGUUGCGCAUGCGAAAAAGGCGAAGUCGAAACCAAAGUCGAAUGUUAGUCCUGAGGAGACUCUCAGGAGGAUCGAAGGGGAGAUUCAGGUCUUGAAGAGCCUCGACCCAACUACGACUGCGGAAAAAUAUCUCUUCAAGCAGCUAGCCAAAACGAAACGGAUUGCCGAGUCACCUGUUUUCUACCGUUUCAAACAAUCUAAAGAAAAGAAGAUCAAGCUUGAGGGACCAAAGAGUACGGAGGAAGCGAAUGUUACAGCGAGACUUUUUAAGUCGAAUCCCGUGCAGAAUGUCUUGCCGGGUAUUAUGGAGGGAUUAAGGGGAUUGUUUGGAUUGGAAGGAGCCGGGGCGAAGGGGAAAAAGGACGAGAGGGACGGUGGGAAGAGGAAGGCUGGAGAACAGGCUGGGGGUAGAAAGGAUGUUUCCGGGGAUGAGUCCGUGUCUGGGUCUGAAGAUGAGGAUGAGGCCGAUGCGCGAGACGCGCGAGGUCUGGAGCGGGAUAUAGACAUGAAGGAUGCAGAGAGUGGUGACGACGAAGAGGACUACUCGCACUUCGACGCACGACUAGCCUCAGACUCGGAAGACUCCAACGACGACCUCUUAAGUGAAGACAACGAUAAUACCGGAUCAAGACAUGCUCGCCGCUCCUCCAUGUCCAUCUCGCUCUCCCCAUCACGCUCGCCCUCCCCAUCGCAAUCGCCACCACCAAAGAAACCCAAGUCUACAUCCGCUUCCAAGACCCCCGCGACAAGCACAACCUUCCUCCCGUCCCUCAUGAUGGGUGGGUACUGGUCUGGUUCUGAGUCCGAGCCUGAGGAGCUCGAAGAAGCCCCGAAGCGGAAAAACCGGAUGGGCCAGCAGGCGCGUCGGGCACUCUGGGAGAAGAAGUACGGUGCUGCGGCGAACCAUAUAAAGGCGGAGCAGCAGAAGGGGCAGAAAGGUAAAGGAAAAGGGGGCAGAGAUGCCGGGUGGGAUUUGAGAAAGGGUGCUACGGGCGAUGGGGAUAGGGAUCGAGAUCGUGGAAGGAAGAAGUUCGGGACUGGGUCGAAUGCUAUGGCUAUGAGUGGGAAGGAUAGGUUUGGGAGUGGUACUAGCACCGCUAAAGAGAGAACGACUCAGGGUGCGAAGAGCAAGAAGACAAAGCCGCAGGAUGAUAAGCCAUUGCAUCCUUCUUGGGAGGCGGCGAGGAAGGCGAAGGAGCAGAAGGCGACGGCAUCGUUUCAGGGCAAGAAGGUUGUUUUCGAUUGA